AUGGACACUCUGGGUGAUGUCUUUCAUAGUGAAUUCUCGUAUAUUUUUGUUUCAUGCGAUAUCAACACGCCCAUCAAGGUGUUGACGUUUUCCGGGAAAGAGAGCAAGUUUAGGGAUGUACUCACCAGCCAUUUCACAAGACACAACCUCCUUCCAGAGGAACGUAAAGGAUUUGAAAGCUAUUUGAUAUCGCAGUAUGAAGAAUCAAAGUCCAAGGCGACUGAGGAACCGAAUGCCAAGAACGGCUUCCAACUCACGCAGGAUCUGCUUGAUAGUACCAUAAAAGCAGCAGAUUGUAACUACCAGAUCAUUCCCUUGACUCUACCAACUAAACAAACCGAGUAUUUGGGAAUAAACUGCUACAUUGACAAUAUUGGCAGAGUAAAGAACCUACCAACAAACGCAAGAAUGACUAGAAUUUGUUCAACAGAUAUACGUGGAGACUGUUUCAUUUCUAAGACAUUUGACGAUGAAGUCGACUUCAAACGCGUAAAUUUCACUCUAGAAGACUACAACGAACUCAUGGAAAAACCACCUUCUCCAGAAGGAAGAUGGGAUGCCAGUACUGCACUAACAAAUGCAUUAACAAACCCAACCACACUCCCCAGCAAAGCCAAACCUGUUGAAGAAGUGUCAAACAAGUGUGAAAAUUGCAAAAAGGAGGGCUCCGACCAACUCGUAUUGAAACUGUGCUCUCGCUGCAAAAAAGCAAAGUAUUGUUCUGUAAACUGUCAAAAGGAAGAUUGGAGAUUUCAUCGCCGCAUAUGUACAGUAUAA